AUGGCACGACCUCAAAUCCCGCCCCUUUGCCUUAAACAUAUUCUGCUCCAUUUAGAAGCAGAGGAUGUAGCACGGUGUGCGCAAGUGUCAAGGCAAUGGAAAGACGCUUCUUACUCGGAUUCACUAUGGAAAAGGUUUUGUGACCAAAGGUGCACGUCUAGGUGGAAAUACUGGAGGUCAAAGCCCACAAGAACUGAUGGGUGGAGACAGGUUUUCCUUGUUCGAAUGACAACUGAUCGCUGGGCAUUCGGGAUUUUGGACGAAUUAGCACAGGGUGGUCCAUUUUAUCUGGCAAAUAUGAAAAAACUUAAACAGUUAGGCGAUAAUUGCAAAGAUGUGCUAUUUUGGGUAAUGGAUAAUCCGAAUGAGGUAACUCUUACUCAUUGUUACUUUGCAAAACGAGCUCUCCAGUACAUUCGUAGAAGUGAAAUUAUCCAGAAAUGGAAAUCAUGGCGUGAAUAUAAAUUAGAAAUUUCUAAUCUGGAAGGUUUCGCAAUGAUGGCGGCCUUUUUUAACGAAAAAAUCGAUGUGAUCGAUAUAUUACGUGAAUUUGACGAAUUGGCUCAUGAAUUUAAUUUAUUAUGUCAAAAUAAUCCACCUGAAUCUCAAUUGACCAAGUUUCGACUCCUUGCAAAUUUCUUUUGCUCAAAAUAUCCUUCUACUGCUUCUGUUCUUGACAUCGAAACUAAAUUUUUAUAUUUAGUUAUGCCACUUUUAGAAACUAAACAAAGCAAGGCAUGCGUAAUGACUGUUUUAUUUGAAGCCUUAGCUGAAAAGGUUGGAAUUGAUAACGUGGACAUUGUUUCUGAUCGUGAAAGGUUAACGUUUCGGAGGUAUCAUUUUAUUAGAUUUUGUGACGAAAAAACUGGUGUACUUACAAUUGAACAAUUUGAUAAACAUAGUUCGAAGUAUUAUGGUGCAUAUACACCAGAGUAUAAAUUCAUCCCGCAAAAAAAACUGUUUCGAUUAUUCUUACAAGACUAUUGGCUUGCUCUAACUGCUAUUCGUGGCUACAAUCGUGAUGUAAUAUAUGGUAUAGCUCUUCAGCUUCAUUUCGUAAGAUCACCAGAGUACCUAGAUUGCACUCUUGGUGAUUUAUGUAAGCUUAUGAGUUUUUGGUGGUCGUUUGUCGCAGCAAGAUAUGGAUACUCGGAGGAUUACGAACUUGGCCGAAUAGCAUUAGUAGACAUAGAAAAUUAUUUAGCUGCGGGUACAGAAGUAGAACAAGAGAUGUGGCAAGAAUUGAUUGAAGAUGUGAAAGCUGACAUCGAAGGAUUGGAAGAGGAUGAUCGUAUUGAUUGGGAUUUUGAGUCCGGUCAGUCAAUUCGAGGUCAAAUAGGAAAAAAAGAUCCUAAAUUUUACAUUGGUGACGUGGUUAAUUUCAAAAAAUUCCAUAGCCUUGGUGUGAUUUGUCGUUGGGAUAGAGCUUAUAAUAGAGAGAUAGCAGAAAAUGCGAUCAAAUUUGUCUGGACGGAUAUAGAAUCUCCUCGCGAAGAACCUUUUUACGAAGUUCUUACUCAUCGAGGUUCGUUUAUAUAUUGUGGUCAGAGAACCCUAAUGCUUGAGCCGGAUAAUUCUGAGCGGCUAUUAAGAAUGGUUCCUAGUAAUGUCUACGGAGACCAUUUAGGCGACGAGGCCGACUGGAAAUUGGCUAAAGCACUUGGUCCUGUAACUACCGAGUUAGUUGGUUGCUAUUUUGAAUGUUGGGAUCCGGAAAAUCGUAAAUAUAUUCCCAACGAAUUAAGUAGAAAAUGGUACCCGGAUGGAUAA